AUGGUUGUACCUCUGGGCCCCGGAAAGUUCUAUGGUAGGAGCCUCCCACGGCCUCGUAUCUACACCGACACCAAGCUCAACCCGGAACGGGUGGAUCCUCUGAUUCCCGUCAUGGAUCCCCUCAUCUCAUGGGCCAAUGAGGCCCAUUGGUCCAUGGGUGGUCUCAGCUUCAAGCGCCUCCGCCUUCAAGGUCGGAUUGAGGGUUCCGUCACUAAACUCCGCAAAGAGCGCGAAAAGAAGGAAAAAUUACAAGUCAAGCCUGCCUCGAAUAACUCAGGUAACGAUGACAAGAAAGGAGGCGUUUCUGUUACGCCUCCUCCAGCUCCUGUGGCAGUAAAGAAGAGGAGAUUCCUGGCUUUGAGUGACGAAGAGGGGGAAGAAGAAGUUGGACAGAAAUUGAAGGGGAGUUACAGGAGGAAGUUGAUAAAAGAAUUAGAUGCAGUGGCGGGGGAUGAGGAGUCGGCGGGACUGAAGACGAGGAAUAAGGGGAAGAGUGAAAUUAGAACUUCCCCAAGAUUGGCUAAGCGUGAAUCCAAAUAG